UGGAAAGAAAAAAAAAAAAAAAAAAACUACAACCGGGUUAGUAUGCAUCAAAACCAGACGACACAUGUAAACAAACAUUACUGAAGCCUGCCGAUGUGACAGACGUGCACGCAGCACACGGCUGCUAAAUCCUGCGGGUCUCGGUGCUGAUACACUCCGCGGAAAAGCAGGCACAGGGCGCGAAUCAGGACCGCUGGCGACGUGUCCUGCUUUUAAAUUUAUUUUCUGGGCGAGAUGUUACGAAUCAAACUCGGAUGCUACAAACAGGCGCAGUUGUUUGGGGGAUGGGGGAGGUCGAUGAGUUCGGUGCCCCCCCAGCCCGUCCCGCCCCUGUCUCAGACCUUGUCCCGCUACCUGCGUGCCCUGGAGCCCCUUGUUACCCCCCCUGAACUGGAGGAGAGCAGAGAGGGGGUGCAGGAGUUGUCUAAGAGGGGGGGCCUGGGGGAGAGGUUGCAAAGGAGCCUGGAGAAGAGGGCUCAGCGCACACACAACUGGGUGUCGGACUGGUGGCAGCACACUGCCUAUCUGGAGAGCCGUUUGCCCCUGCCAGUGCAUUCGAACCCGGCCAUGGCUUUACCCCAACAGGACUACAGCAACUGGAAGGGGCAGCUGGGGUUUGCAGCUAAACUCAUCGCUGGAGUUCUGGAUUUCAAAGCAAAGAUUGACAAUCACACUCUCGUAGUGGAGUAUCUUCGCGGUCGCCCUCUCUGCAUGGAUCAGUACCGGCAGAUCUUUUCGUCGUGUCGUGUUCCGGGCCCCAAGCAUGACCACGUGAUGCACUUCGCUGGGGUGCGCCGGCCCCCCACCCACAUCACCGUGGUGCGGAACUUCCAGUUCUUCCAGUUGGAGGUGUAUAACAGCGAUGGCUCUCCCCUCACGGUGGAUCAGAUCCACUCGCAGCUGCUGAGGAUCAGAAGCCAGUCCUGGAAGACAGACAAGGAGCCGAUGGGGAUACUGACCAGUGAGCACCGAAACACCUGGGGACAGGCUUAUAACACCCUGCUGAGAGAUAGGAUUAACAGGGAGUCUGUGCGUGCGAUAGAGCGCGGGAUCUUCACGGUGUGUCUGGACGCCCCGGUCAUGCGCAUGUCCGAGGAGCGCUACACCAGCCGCAUGGCUGCUCAGAUGCUGCAUGGGGGAGGCACCUACUCCAACAGCGGCAACCGCUGGUUUGACAAGACACUGCAGUUCAUUGUGGGAGAGGACGGAGCCUGUGGGUUGAUCUAUGAGCAAGCCACUGCGGAAGGACCUCCCAUAGCAACCAUAGUGGACCACGUGCUGGACUACUGUCAGCACCCCGAGACGGUUCGAUCUCCCAUGGUUCCUCUUCCUCUGCCAAAAAAACUCUAUUUUUACAUCACUCCUGAAAUCAAGAGAGACAUUGAGCACGCCAAGCAGAAUCUGGACAUUCUAAUAAAUGACCUGGAUAUCAGUUGUUUCACAUUCAGGGAAUUUGGGAAGAAUUUUCCAAAAAAGUACAAACUCAGUCCGGAUUCCUUCAUCCAAGUUGCGCUGCAGUUGGCUUAUUACAGGAUGUAUGGGUGUCUGUGCUCCACGUGUGAAAGCGCCUCCCUCAGAAUGUUCAGGGGAGGGCGGACCGACACCAUCCGCUCAGCCACCAAUGAGGCGCUGCGAUUUGUGGAGGUGAUGGAGGACCCCCAGGCAGGGGCUGAGAUGAAGCUGGCAUUGCUGAAGGAAGCCAUCGAGGCUCACAGCACCUACACAGAGCAGGCACUCCAGGGGCAGGCCAUCGACCGUCACUUGCUGGGCCUGAAGUUGCAGGCCAUCGAGGAGGGACUGAGCGUGCCCGAGAUCUUUAUGGACACGUCGUACGCCGUGGCAACGCACUGGAAACUGCACACGGGACAGGUGUCGGCCCGUACGGACUGUGUCAUGUGUUUCGGGCCGAUGGUUCCGGACGGGUACGCGGUGUGCUACAACCCCCUCCCGGAGCACAUCAACUUCUCGGUGUCGGCUUUCAACUGCUGUGCCGAGACCAACGCAGAGAAACUGGCGGGAUCUCUGGAGCAGGCCCUGAGGGACCUGCGGGAGCUGGUACUGCCCAGGGAGGACUGAGAGAGCCGGGGAGACUGGCUCCGGGACCAGGGGUGAACAAACCAAACCCGGCUCAACAGAGUGGGACCAACAGUACCUCCGAAAAAAUGAGCAGGAACGUUUUGAAUGGAUCUGCAAUGUUUGCACGGUUACACAACUCUGGAAUAGUGGCAUAUGUAUAGAGCAAAUAAGUGGUUUCAAAAUCCUUGCGCAUUUAAUACCAUUUUGAAGGUACAGUACUGAAUGACAAAGAAUAAUAAAAGUGGCCAUAGCUCACAUAGCUAACCUGCCAUGCCAUUCACGAUGCAGAUCUCGGAGUAAAUGUAUUUUCCUUUUUCUAACAUGGUUUCUGGUACUACACAAAGUUAAGGAAUGUUAUCAGAUCGGAUAUAAUUUAAUACACAUAGCUGCUGUACAGUGCAUCAGGUCAAAACCUUUUUCUGCAUCCAAAAUUCCUCCCGUACGACAGUUAUGGAUUUUCAGGUAACUUCAUUUGAGUAAAUCUCUUCUCUAAAACAGUCACAGUUUUGCCUGUUUAUUUAAACACCAUAACUCCAGCGGGCAAAAUCGAGCAUUUAAAUGGAAAUCAAAAUGCAAAGCUGAUUUUUAUAGGUUUGAAAUUGAUACCAAAAAACUGCCCUUUGGUUUGGAAGAUACAGUACGCAGUGUAUAUAGAUGAGUAGUCGUGCAGUCAUUUUGCAUGUUGAGUUUGGAUAAGGAAACUGAGCUGGGGUGCAGAGGUGUGUAAUUUCUUUAAGAGAUUCUAGAAACCAGUUAUUGAGUAGGAUUUGCUGUCUGUAGGUGGCUCAGGUGCAGUGUGUAACGUCUGUCGCUUUUGGGAUAACCCACAACUAACAAUGAGAAGCAAAUAAAAUGGAGAGAAAGUAUGUUUUAAUACAGUAUUGCUUCUCGAAAUGUACGCAUUGGGAAAAGGGGCAAACUAUAUGCAGAAGCGUUUUACAAAUAUUCUGUAUUUGCAUGUAAAUAUGUGCCUACAAACCAGCACUCCUGGAAAGUUUCAAAAGUGAUUUGAGGCUACCGUGCUGUUUAAAAUAUAGAACUAAACUGCUGAGAAGCUAUUGAAUAGCUUGACAGCACACUAAGCGUAAUUGUAUUGUGUAUUCAGCUCAGUAAAGAAUUACAUCACACACAGUGACUGGCAGUGUCUUCUUUUUUUUUUAACAACAAAGUCCUUAUACCAUUGGAGACAGAGGCAGAGAAAUUGCACAUGUGAACUUGUAUAGGUGAGAAGAUUGCGUAUGAUAGGGUAUCACUUGGAAAGAUGUGUUCAUAGCAUCUUCUUAAACAUUUGUUCAGAAGACAGAGCGUACAUUUUUGCUUAUUGUGUUCUAACAAUUUAUAGGGAAUCGCUAGAAUAAUUUAAGCAAGACAAAACUUGAUUUUAAGAUUAGAAAAUAUAACA